AGUCAGCCGCGAUGACGGGUAUGACAACGACCGCAAGCGCAGCCGUCGGCUUGGGGCUCCUGCUGCUGCUGCUCAGUGGUCCCGGCUCGGACGGGAUGUUCCCGCUCCGGAGUACCUGUCCAGGCGGCUGCCCGAAGACCUACCAGCCGCAGUGCGCCAUUGUGGGCGGGCGGAAGCUCCACACCUUCGCCAACUUCUGCACCAUGUAUUCCUUCCACUGCAGGAACAACAUGCCUGUUUAUCCUGUUGGAAGAGGCAAAUGUGAGGAAUUGUACCCACCGGUCAACCAAUACGUUCACGUACCCUUUGAUUACUAGAAAACUAUACAAAAAGUUAUAAUUUUCAUCCCAGUCUGUAAGUUGUUUUCAAAAUACCACAUGGAUGCUUCAAUUUUAAGUUUUAGAAUAUUUAUUUCAACUUUAUCUAGCAAACGAGAGCUGCAGCAUGUGUUUUAAUCAAAGAAGAAAACUUGUAUGAGCUAUUGUUAUUUAAAAAUACAAAGAAAAAAAUAUUUAACCAAAAUUGUUUCGUCAUAAUUUUAUAAUAAAUUCCCAUUACAGUUUCUGACUGGCGCGAUGUAUUAGUUUCUACGCAUAUAUACUUGUAUUUGCAAGCAUAAGAAAGCAAUAUGAGAAACAUUUCCCAUACAUUUCUUAUUAUUUGAAUCACUAAUAAGACGCCAGUUUCAAUGUUUGCGACAUUAAAUUUAACUUAAAUGCUAAUCAUUAUUUCAGGUAAAAUUCAUUUCCAAACUAUUCAAAUAGAUCACUUAAGGCGUUUUUCUCUUUACAUGUUAGUUUGGUCAAUAAACUACACAGGAAAUAUUUUUGGAAACUUAUACAAAAAAAAACCUCCGAUAAUCAAUUGUCAAGAAAUAGUUUGAUAUUUACUGAGUAUUUCCUACGCAAAUUGGCGUAUACUUUAUACUUAAAUUGAUGUAUCAUUAAAGCAUUAUUGUUUUGUAA